UCCGGGAUCGCGGUAGCGUUGGGGUUGUUGUGCUUUGGGCUUCUGUGUUGGUGCGAGAGUGAAUGCUUACUACCUCCCACCCACCUCCCCAUCACUAAUACCUCCAUUGCUUUUAGUUUUGCCCCUCCUCUCUCUUUCUUCACCCAAUGUUGCAGCCCCCUCCUCUUUUAUCUGUAACCUUUGAAGUUGCCCCUCGCUGUAAUAUUUCAUCGGUGGAGUGACUACAUCCCAGUGACAGCCAUGCAAAGUUUCAAAAUGGCUGCAACAGGUUUCACACCGACGUGGUCCACGUUGGCCAGUAGCCCUGCAAAGAUAUCUGAGGCCUGAUUGACCUGUCUUCCUCACGUAGAUGAACGGCAGGCCGCUUGAGAACAACAACGAGACCUCCACUGGUGUCGCCACCUUCUCCGCGGCCAUGGUGGCUCCCAAGCUCAGCUCUGCCACCACCGUGGCCAGCCCCAGUGUCUCGUGGAUGCCCGACACCCCCACCCCAUUGGAGCAGCCGAUUUUCCUGAUGACCACGGCAGCCCAGGGCGUCUCCGGGUUCUUCGUAUGGACAGCGCUGCUUAUAACCUGCCAGCAGAUUUACAUGCACCUUCGAUGUUACAGCGUGCCGAAUGAGCAGCGCCACAUCGUGAGAAUCCUAUUCAUCGUUCCGAUCUACGCUUUUGACUCCUGGCUCAGCCUCCUCUUCUUCACCAAUGACCAGUACUAUGUCUACUUCAACACUGUCCGAGACUGCUACGAGGCCUUUGUCAUUUACAACUUCCUGAGCCUGUGCUACGAGUACCUCGGAGGCGAGAGUGCCAUCAUGUCGGAGAUCCGCGGCAAGCCCGUCGAAUUGAGCUGUUUGUAUGGGACCUGUUGCCUCUGGGGAAAGACCUACUCCAUUGGGUUCCUACGCUUCUGCAAGCAGGCGACUCUUCAGUUCUGCGUUGUGAAACCACUGAUGGCCAUCAUCACCGUGAUUCUACAAGCUUUCGGCAAAUACAAAGACGGCGACUUCAACGUUGCCAGUGGCUACCUCUACGUUAUGAUCAUCUACAACAUCUCCGUCAGCCUCUCGCUCUACGCACUGUUCCUCUUCUACUUUGCCACGAGGGAGCUCCUGAGCCCCUACAGCCCCGUGCUCAAGUUCUUCAUGGUGAAAUCUGUCAUCUUCCUCUCCUUCUGGCAGGGAAUGCUGUUGGCUAUUCUGGAAAAGUGCGGAGCCAUCCCCAAGAUUGCAGUGGCUGAUGUCUACGUGGGUGAGGGGACGGUUGCUGCGGGCUACCAGAACUUCAUCAUCUGCAUCGAGAUGUUCUUUGCUGCCAUCGCCCUGCGCUACGCCUUUACGUCCAAGGUCUACAGAGACAAGCGAGUGGACUCGCAAGUCCUGGCGUACGGGCCCUACGGCCGUUGUGCCCCGAUGAAGAGCAUCUCCAGCAGCCUGAAAGAGACCAUGAACCCCCACGACAUCGUGCAGGACGCCAUUCAUAACUUCUCGCCUGCCUAUCAGCAGUACACCCAGCAGUCCACCCUGGAGCACGGCACGCCCUGGCACAAGGGACACACUGUCUCUCGCACCCACAGCACUGCCAGUAUCCGCGACACGGAGAAGACCCUCCUGCUGAGCUCUGAUGACGAAUUCUGAGCCUGCCCUCUGGUGGGAGGAGUCGU